AAAUUUACUGCUUAAGUACGAGAAAAUAUACACGGUUUGGGGUCACCGGAGUUGAGGACUUCUUCUCUACCUGCCAGAUUUGUGUUUCUUCGGGUCAUCCCUAAGUCAUGGAUAAAGUGAUUCCACUCGCAGAUUAAUCCGGGACUGACGAGCACUUUCUUCCGGGUAAAUGGAAGGAAGGACUGGCCUGCCCGUGUCCGGCACUCCUCCCUUCGCAUCCCCUGUCCCACCGCCUCACGGCACCGUACCGGCUCCCGUGGCGACCUCUGACUGCACCGUACUCAGCCCCGUGUUUGCCGACCUGCCGGCAGGGCCCAACGGCGGCGGCAACAACAGCGGUGGUGGCACUCGCACAUCCACGGCGACCUCAGUCACUGGGAUUGCCAGUCCUGGACAUGCUAACUACCAAGGGAAGCUCUACCCCUCAUCGGUUGCUGCAUUAGGUCCAGGAUCUGGUUUUUCUUACUUGGGUAACUACAUUAGUCCCUCUGGUACUACGGACUCCUACAAGCAUUCAAUCACUUCCACUCAAGCAAUGAAUAUGAACCAAUACUGGCUGUCCAGCACUGAAGGUUACCGAGGGUUCCCUGUUGGCAGUGCUCACCCGUACCCGCCCUACUUUACCGCCCUGAACUCUCUAUCGUCGCCAGGAACCCAAGGAUUACUCGCAGUGUCGUCUCAUGCUAAGCCAGAUGGUCAGCGAUUCCCGGCAUCCCAUCCAACCAGAACAGCAGAAGGUCCCUCAACCAAAACCAACAAGACCUUACUCCAUGGAGCUAAGGAGGGGGCCAUGUCCCCAAAGACGCCCUCUCACCAAGCCGGAAAGUCCAGACACACAUCGGGAAGUGAGGACAGGCGGUCGUCCAAACACGAUUCCAAAAACAGAAUCAAAGACAAAGAUAAAGAGGCUAUUUCAGAAAAGGAGUUGCCUGUUGGAAGAAGCAAUAAAACGCCUCCCAAGGACAGAGGGAAUGAGUGUCUGGCGAAACAUGACCAGAAAUCAGAAUCCGAGGUGAGCUGGGACUCGCGGAGUAAGAAACCGGAUAAGUCGUUGGAGGCCAAAAUGAGUAUAUCAAGUAACCCACUCACGAUUGAGAUACAUAACAACGGCGAGCAAUUGAACACGGUCCGAAAGUGUAACGGCAACGGUUCGCCGAGCCCCAAAAAGGAAUGUGCCAACGGGAACUCUAGUUUGUCGACUAUUAGUCCCAAAUCCAAGGAGUCAAGCUCAGAAAAGAGGAGGAAAGCAAACAAGAGGAAGGACAUUCCCGUGGAUGUGAAUGGAAACGCUGUGCUGAACGUUUCAGUUGAGAAGAAACUGGUCCAGACAUCCACUGUUGUGGGUGAGAAAUUGUUGAUGUCGUUAAAGCCUUCCGUUUUGGAAGCACAACAUGUGAAAGAGGUGCCGUCCAUGUUGUCGCAGCAAGUAUCUUUUUCCAAAGGAGCAGAAAGUUUGGAUAUUUUUCAAAAAAAUUUAAAAACGAACCCCGCUUGUGAGAGUAACUGGACGUCGUCAGCAACAAGCGUAGUAGCCAUGCCACUGGUUUCAAACCCUUCACCAACCUCGGUGCCUUUCUCGGAGGGUAAACUUUCCCAGCCCUCAGUCCUGACUAAAGCGGCAAGUCCAGCAUCAAGCCUGUCCUCAGGCUCCUUGGGGGCUAACCCGUUGGGGAGGAGUGGCUCUACCAGCCCGUCUGGAGCUAGUACUAGUGGUGUUGUUUCAACUGGAAACGGUUCCCCGUGGUUAGUUUGUUCCACGGUUCCAGGUAGCAGUAUUCAAAGAACUAGUUCCACGGGGGCAGGAAGGCUUAAUCCUCAAAGGGAUAAUCUCUUGGGGGCAGGAUCUCCUGGAUCUGCCCAAAUUGAAGUAAGCCACCCAAUGAGAUCUAGCCCUCCUGGGGCAGGUCCGGUCCCACCAGGCACUUCUAGUCAACUUGGGACGAAUUCAUCAGCAGCUAAUCCCAAAGGAGCUUAUCCCAUUGGGGAUCAUCCUACUGUGUCAAAUCAUAUGGACGUGAUCGUAACGGGAGCUAAUCCACCAAGAUCAAGUCCAACCAGAACUAAUCCUUUAGUUGCCAGUUCAACUGAGUCCAGUUUAACAGGAACUAAUCCUACGGGAGCUAAUCCAACGGGAGCUAAUCAAAUGAGAUUAAGUCCGUCCGGAUCCAAACCGUCUAGAUCUAGCCCCUUGUUUAGCGGUAGCAGUCCACACUAUGUCGUCAGCGGUGAAUCGUCGAGUGAGGGUUCAUGUGAGAAAGAGAAAUUGCCAAGUCCGAGAUCGCUGCAACUUGCAGCGUUAAGUACAAGUGUGACGUCUUCUGGUUCCAAGCCCAUCUCCUUUCCCGCUCAUGGUUCCCUCCCGUCUCCAUCCUCCCAACCGUCGUACAUCAGUCACCUCCCAAUUUACCUCCACGGGACGGGCCACCUCAGCCUGGAGAGGGAGGACGGCAGGGAGAUGCCCAGAGACGGUUCCAAAGUUCACGCUACAACCUUCGUACCUGCUCUUGGGGAAUUCAUCCCGGGACCAGCAUCUAGUGCAACAAUCCCGGUCAAGGAAUCAAAAACAAAAACGUCAGUUAAUGGGAAAGAGAGCGGCCAUGUAAGCGAGAAGGAAAAGGAUAAAGGAGCAGCGAAGAAAGACGUAAUGAAAGUUGUAAUGACCACGUCACCGAAGGAACCGAUAACCUCACCCAAGUCCGAUGGUUCAAGUGACAGGACGAAAGACGGAGGGAGUAAGUCAAAGGAUAUUUCAGAUAUGAAAUCUGUUACCAAAGGAAAAAGUGAAAAAGGAGAGAAGCAUGAGAAAGUCAAGAAGACUCAUUCAAGUAAUAAAUUGGGUCAUGAGAGCCGAGACCAUCAUCUUUCCCCGUCGGAACUGUCUGGCAGCGGGAAAGAGCGAAGCGCUGAUAGUACGCACAGAACUCCAAACGAUCUGAUACAUAGGGAAACAUGUCGAACUUCCGACGCCGCCGUUAUAAGCACAACGCCAAGCGUGCACGGUUAUCCCCAUCACAUGUCGGGCUACUCCGUGCCCUUAGGCAGCACGGUGUCGUCCUCGCGGGAAGGAACUAAACAGGAAAUCCCAACUACGUUCUAUAGCAAUGAGGAGCAACGGAGGUACAUGGAAUGGCACCUGGCCGCAACGAAACGUGGCUACUGCUACGAUCAUCUCGGACUACGCGUUCAGGAACCACUCAAACUUGAAUCGGCCAUGAUGCAUCGGACACAACAUCAGCAAAGCUUCCCUUCCCCGCGGACUGACACGCGACAGGAGUUGACUCCUGAGCACAGCAGGGGGAGGGAGUACACUCAGUGUAAUGUUCCGCAAGAAAGUAUGCUGCGGUCGGUCUUAACAGCAGGAAUGCACACGGCUCACUCUGAGACGCAACGAACAUCCCCGGGGAGUAGCAACAAGGCGACGAAGCAAAGCUCGGACAGCGCCAAAAGUGAAAACCGUUCCAAGUCAACGAACCACGGGAGUAAAACAUCUACAGAUGGUUUAGGAUCGCAGGGACGAUCGACGCCGGGAACCAAAGGGAGCGAUGGACGCAAUCCUCCCGUCGGGAUUGCCGUAGCACAGAAGAGACAAGACACAGACACUGUGUCACAGGGAAGAGCAGCUGCUAUCACAACACCACGAAACAGCCCUCAUGUUGGGACGGAAGACGGUGAGGACAGAGUGAGAUCACGGAUGGUCCAUGGAGUAGAGAGGGAAGCUAAACACAGAGACCACUCACCAAGAACCAAUAGAGAUUCAGCAGAUUUGCUGCCGUCCGCCAAGUACCAUGCCCACCGGUAUCCAGGUGACCUGGGGUCAAAUCUCAUUGUUACGGGUGGUGGCAGUCUCGGCCCCUCGGCCCCUCACUACGAUCCAACAGAAGGGCGCAUGACACCCUCCCACCCAGCCCACCUAGCCAUACCCCCACACUGGCUACCCCGAACCCCAGGGCCACCCCACGCCUCCCCACUCUGGUUAGGGCACCCGUUCGGCCUGGCGACACCCCCUGCAACAGUCCACGAUGGGCCCCCAGGCCAUCUCCAAAUGCCCCCGGCUGGAUUCCAAAUAGCAAGAGACCCGGCCAAUGGGCAGCUUGUCCUAGUACCCCAAGCACCUACUUUACACUCAGACUCUGGCAUUCCACCAAGUAUGUGGCCAUAUCUCGUACCAUCCCAUCUACAACCUCACAGUCAUCAACUUCAGCAGCUGGUCUUGAAUCAACCCUCCUUCGGCCCGCCCUUACCUCAUCAGCCACAGCACCCCCUGACACACCGCCCAGAUCAGCCACUCCCAAACAGCGACUACCACUUUGCACUGCAACAACACCAGGAAGCCCUGACCCAGUGGUACCGUCAGGACGAGCAGCGCCAGAGGGAGGAGCAACGGAGGAGAGAACAGCAAUCCCGGAAAGGAUCCGGGGAGAAGACGUUGUCAAACGAGAAAAGUCAUAAAGGCGCGACGAGCGUAGACGGGAAGGUCGAAGGUCACCUAGAGAGGAAACCUGUACCACAUGACGUUCUGAAUUUAAAGAUACCCCCUCAUACGCCCUAUAUACCGGGAGUCUCCCUAACAGGGCAGCCACCGGUUCCCUACGUGUACCCACCUCAACAAGUGCAAUAUCUGUAUAAUCAUACUGGCGUAUAUCCUGCGCCACCGGUGUCCUGUGCUUCCUCGCCAAGAACUGAAUCCGGUACUUCGACAGCCUCCCCGAAACAAGUGACUAAAACGAACUCCGGCGGAGACAGCCACAAAAGUCUCAAAAGUGAAGAUAGCUUGAAGGCGGCGUUGAAGAGUAUUAGCGUACAGACAUCACCCUCAGAGACCCCGGCGAGUGUGGAGUUCUCAGCCGAGACCAAACCGCCAAAUUCUCAAGAAGCUGACGAUAAGGACGACAGGGAUAACUCGGUCAGGACUGAGGAAAGCGAAGAUCAGGAGUUGAUCAUCGUGGAUGUAGUCGAUGACGACAACGACUGUUCCAUGUUGCUGAGUGAGAGAUUCAAUCGAGAGAACAAAGAAGCAGCUGAAAUAAAACCCGACUCUGAACCCAUCAUAACUGAGAUUGAGAAACCAGCAGACGGUUCUAGAACUAGUGAUGUCAGUUCCUUCCCUAAGGAUUCUGUCGAGAUUCAGAGUGAGUUGAAGUGGGAUCCUCUUAUCAUCCAGAAGAUAACAUCUGAGUCCAGACCUAGCACUCCCCCGGUAGACCUCUCUGUCAAUGUACCCCAGAUGGCGGCUUACCAAGGAGUUCUACCCGCAAUGCUGGAAGAACCAGGCAAGGAGUCGCUUAUCACCAACGUCUUAACGACGACACAGAGCUUUGCUUCCCGAAUGGAAGCCCUAGACCAAGACCAGCUGGCCGCCAUUGAAGGCAUCGCACUCUUGAGCGAAAUCUCAGAGCAGAAGGCUUUUUCCAUUAGCUCCGACAACGACAAGUCGAACACGUUACAAAAUUCGCAGACGAGAGAUGACUUCUUUCUUUUGGAGUCUCGUCACCAGGACAACGGUACUCCUCUCCAGGGCAACACAGCAAGCGCAGUCACCUGCGCUGCCAAUAGCUCCCUCCAACUCAUAUCACAAUCUUGCCCGACUUCACCUACAGAUUUCAUCUUCAAAAGGGACAACUUCACAUCGGCUGGCGAUAUGCUGAAUCCGAAUGAAGUGGAGAUGAGGAUCAGAUUGGCAGAGCUGCAGCGGAAGUAUCAGGAGAAGAAAAGAGAACUGGAUAAACUACAGCGCAAAAAAGAUAAAAAGGACAGGGGUUCGAGAAGCCUUGAACAGGACAGGCGGCGUGGCCCUGGGCGACCGAGAAAACGUAAAAACAGUAAAGAACACUUUGCGGAGACAGACCAAUGCCCCAUCAUCAAGUCAUCGACGGCUGUGCUCCUUGAGGCUGCCGCAUCCCUAGAGGAGAGCUCCCCGUUCCAGGUGCCCAAGAAGAAAAAGAAGAAAGACAAGGAGGACAGAGAGAAGAGCAAAGGGGAGGAGAAGAAGAAAAGCAGCAAGAAAGAUAAGGAGUCUAAAGGCAGCCACAGUGAGGUGACUAAAUCCAAAAAGAAGAAGCACAAGACGAAAGAUGAGGUCAAGGAAUCGUCCACGUUAUCAUCCGAGGAGGUCUCAUCGUCUUCAGGAGGCAAGACAAAGUCUAAAUCUAAGUCCAAGUCCAAGACCUCCUCGUCAGGUCUUACUCCUCCAACCAAAGAUGCUAAGCAAAAAGGCUCAGGGAAACAGAGAAAGCCAUCUACCCCCGUUGACUCUUCAAGCCUUGAGACUACGAGUAAAUCUCUGAAAUCAUCUAAGACAGGUGGGGCGCCAAAGAGCCUUCGUACCCAGAACAGCUCAACAGAAAUUGAUACAGACAGCAGUAGCAUCAUCUGGCCUAGCAGCAGCAACUCCUCCACAAAGAUCCCCUCAGUCAAAAUCAAAUCCAAGAACUCUAAAAAGAAGAUCAAGGAGUCUAAGGUCAAAGAUGGCAGGAAAGACAGUGUCAAAGGUCAGGGUUCAAAUGACUCGUCGACCGACACCACCAUGGAGGCCAUUGAAAAUGUCAUCCGCAAAAGCUACAUUGGUCCAGGGAAUGGUGAGAAGGAAAGUGGAGGGUCUGUAUUGUUGAAGCGUGCUGUGCCAGUCUACGAAGAUGACAGUGACUCCCCAUGGGAAACCGCAAUGAUCGACGCUAAGCAGAAGCGCAACUCAGCCGGCCAGACACAGCAGAAGGGCCUCGCCCUCCUUGCUGGUAUCUCAUCCCAGGAACUCAUGAAGAGCAAUGUGGUGAUGAAAGACGUCAAGAUUACCAUCAGCAAGGACGGGAACGACGGAAAGAUGAAUGAUGGUGAGCCACUCAAGAAGAAAUCUGGGAAAGCUAAGAAAAGAAGCGCCUCUCCGGCUUCAUCUGAACAAGAAACUCCAAAGAAAUCUCGGAAGACGUCACCAAUGACGGUGAAGAAAGAGAAAGACAACGAUUUCCCGAUCAAGACACUCAAAGUUUCCAAGUCGGACAAGAAGCGAGAGAAGACUCAGAGUGAACCGAUGCUGGUUUCAUUCUCCUCAAGCCAGGAUAGGAAGAUGGCAGAGGAGAAACCAGUCUUCAACGCGGAAAUCUGGACGAGACGGCGCAGCGAGAGGAUUUUCCUGAGCGAUAUCAGUCCCGCUCCGUCUCGGGACGCGAGUCCUCUGGCCAAGACACACGAGCCAAUGAAGGUUGCUAAGAAAAUCCUCCAGUCACCGAACUACAAGGCUAAAGCGCCGACGGAGGGCAUCAGUACUGAACAAGGAGCAGUGAGUAACACCGACCACAACGGGGUCGCAAACAUCGGGAGUGUUUUGGACGCUCUUAAGACGGAUACUCUACAGAUCAGGAAGAAACUUGCGAGUAUGUCUGCUCAGGAAGAUGAGGCAGAUGAUACGCCGAGGAAAACAAAGAAGAAGUUAUCAAAGAGGAGGGAGAAGUCCGGCAGUAGUCGACAAGACCCAACGAGCGACGUCAAGAAACCCAGAGCAGAGAAUGACUUUAUGGAUAGCAGCUGCAGUGACGCUGAGAAUGUGCCUCUCAGCAACCUGGUGGAUCGGCAGACGGCAUCGGCGCCGAGAUCCUGUAUCAUCAACAAAAAUGAGCUUGAGAAUGGUUUGAGGGUCUUGAUACCGAUCGAUGGUUUGUUUUACGCCGGUUACGUCAACGCCAUUCAACCCCCGGAUGUCUAUGGCGUUAUCUUGGACGGCGAGCGCGGCAACAGGCCACAUGUAUUCUCCCAGGAGCAAAUGCUGCAGGAGACUUUCGUCGACGUUAAACCCCUCGCAACACGCUACGUCCCUGAAGGUACUCGAGUCUGUGCUUACUGGAGCCAGCAGUUUCGAUGCCUGUACCCUGGUACUGUUGUCAGGGGCACCCCAAACCCAAAUGAGGAUCCAAACUUUAUUUGUGUGGAGUUUGACGAUGGGGACUCUGGUCGAAUCCCUGUGGAUCACAUUCGCAUGCUUCCUCAUGACUUCCCCAUCGUUGAAUUCGAACCCAUUCCAAAUGAGUUGCAGAGAAAGAGACGGCGGCGCACCUCGGACACCAGCUCUAACGCGAACUGUAAACCUGAAACCAUCGACACCAACGAAGAUGUCAACAAUAAAAUAAAGGCAACCUCCCCAAAGAAAAAGUUGAAGAUGACCGAGUCCAGCAAGUCCGCUGUCAAUCAGAAUGAGAUGGACAGGAUCUCUGAAUCCGGAGAGGAUGACGUGUUUCUGCCGCCCUCCCAAAAGAUGCUGAGUAAGAUGAAAAAGUCCAAAAGCCACGACAAAUCAAAACGAUCUUCAAGUAAACUCGACUCAAAAUCCAAGGAAAAGAAGAAAAAGAAGAAGAGGAAGCGAGAUGAGAGGAGACAGGAAUCGUUGGAGAGGAAGAGAUCUAAACGAUCCUCCAGUAAAAGUCCGAGAGGGAGCCCCGCGAGAAGCCCGUCGAGAAGUCCAGCCAAAUCGAAAAAGAAGAAACGAAAGGAGGAGCGGAAGAAGAAGAGUUCCUCCAAGUCGUCCAAUGGUGAAUCAUCUCCGCUGUCCAAGUCCAAGAAGAAGAAGUCGUCGUCAUGCAGAAAGAAGAAGUCCCAUCACGAUGAAAGACAUAGCAGCUUCUGUACCGUGGAGACGGAGACGGUUUACUCCACCCAUCCCAUCACCGGCUCUCAAGCCCUCACUGAGGAGGAACUAGCUUCGGAGAAGUCUAGUUUUGAUGGGAAGGGCGUCUGGAACAAGCACAGGGGUACAAGAGACCACAGCUUGGAUGACUGGAGCUCCUCAGAUAGCGACAAGGAUUCCAGCAGUGACAGUGAUGAAACUAGCUCGGACAGCUUGGCCAGCACGGACAACAACGCCCUCACGCCGAGGCAGAAGAGCCGGUCCUGCCUGACGUCCACCAGCAAGAUGACAGGUAGGGCCCUUAGCCCUAGCCCUAGUCCCUGUAAUGCAGUAGCAUUUCUUCCCGCGAGACAGCUCUGGAAUUGGUUCGGUAAAGCAACUCAGCGUCGUGGGGCGAAGGGCAAGGCCAGGAAAGUCUUCUACAGAUCAAUAAUGAGGGAGAACGAGAUCAUUAGGCAAGGGGAUGCAGCCGUUUUCUUAUCUACGGGGCGCCCUCAUUUACCGUACAUCGGACGCAUUGAAAGCAUGUGGGAGUCUUGGGGCGGUAACAUGGUCGUACGUGUCACAUGGUUCUAUCAUCCAGAGGAGACGAAAGGAGGUCGCAAGUCACAUGACGGAAAGAUGGCGCUCUAUCAGUCCCUCCACGUUGACGAGAAUGACGUCCAGACAAUCUCCCACAAGUGUGAGGUGCUGUCGGUGGACGAGUACAAACGUUUCAUGACUGGCAAGAAACACAACAAGUUUGCCGUCGAUAAUGAAGACGUUUACUAUCUUGCAGGAACGUAUGAUCCCACUAGCGGACACAUCACAUCAGUUACGUAGGCACCCCAGCCUAAUUUUGACAUCCAUCUUUGCUAUACAUGUACUUCAACAGUGUUAAGCCCCAGUUCAUAUUUCCUGCGAAUGCAAUCGCAAUUUUGAUGUCACAAAUUCGCAAUGAUUAACUGUCAACAGUUGAACCGAGUUCAAUUCCUGCGCAACUGCGAAUACAGCACUGUGACGUAAAAAUUUGCUUCGCAUUCGCAGGAAGUAUGAACCGGGCUUAAUGAAGGCAGAUUUCCAGUAUGACAACCUGCCUCAACCUCCCGUUAACCGCAAUUCAUCACAUCGCUCACGUUUGCGCCCUAGUCUGGGUUUAGACAUCUAUAAACCCUUUUCACAUUGCUCUACCCUGGGCAAUGAAGGCUGGCCCUUUCACACUAUGAUCACUUGACUGCCUUUCUGCCCCGUCAAAUGGGCAUACCCCGAGGAAUAGCCACCCCUACUCUGGAGUAGGGGGAAGCGGUGAAACCCUGGAGUAUUCUUGAAAAGUGGAACUAGAACCCAGUGGAAUAGGGACCUAAGCGGGGACAGUGUCAAAUAGCGCGGGGGUAACGUAACGGUUAUAAAAAAAAACUCCUAGGGCCUCCCAAGAUCUGUGUUCCACCGGGAUAAGAGAUACAGAUACAUGGGUAACCGUGAAAUAAAAAAACGGAGUAGGGGCUUAAAAAACUUGUAGCGUCUCCCGUGGGCUGUAUUCCCCAGGAAUAAGAGAUAGAGUUUAAAAAAGAAUUAUAGUUACUACACUUCUAUAGAAGAAGUUUAUUGAAGGUAGAUGUCAAAUAUGCGCAAUCGCCCUCUGCCCACAUUGGUCUAUUUAAAAUAAAAAGUAUACAGUGAUCUAAAGUGAUCUAAAGUACAGAGAAUAGAAUCCUGCUGUUCAAAUUGGAAAACAUUUAUGGGGUUUAUUUUUCAUUCAAGUUUCCCUCCAAAUAAACACUGAACUACAGAGAAUUGACAUGAAGGCAUUUUGUGUUAUCUCGUAGUUCAGUUCGAAUGAUCACAUUGGGUUGUGUACAAAAUUGGAACAAUUGACGGGAAUAACUCUUGAGGAAAAAUAUUGCCUUGAGACGGCUGUCUUGCACUACUUUCGUUUGUCAACACACUGGGUCUGUAUAAAACACUGUCUUAGUGUUGCUCAGUAAUCUCUGCAUCAAGUUCGCAGAACAUCAACAUGCGCACCUAGCCCAGGCAACGCAGUCUGUUGUACUGAUGGCUGCAUCGGGUGCAUGUGUGUGCUUAUUUAAGACUCCGUUUUUAGACUAUUAGAACAGACUGACACUCAAGUCUUGGGUUUAAAUCAGACUUUUUUUGUCAACCCCCCCCUACGA